AUGAAAUCACAAACUAAAAACGAUGAUGAAUGUAUAUGGAGUCAAAGUGAACUGAAGAUGCUACGAAAGUUUCUACAAAAAGCUAAGAUGCAAAACCUUCAACUUGCUGCACUUCUGGAAUCGGCACAAAGCGAAAUAAGAAUGUGGAAAGAAAAGUUUAAAGAUGUGACCGAGUCGGAGGAUCUCGUAAAAAAUAGAUAUCAAGAUCUGAAAAAGAAAUAUGAACGAUUGAAAGUCAACUAUAGAGCACUGAAGGAAGACGUCAGAAAGUAUCAUAACAACUUGAAAGUUACAGGAAGAGAUUAUCAAGAACUACAAAACGAGAAAAACGAUAUUGAGAAAUCAUUCAACGAGACAAAGUUAAACCUGAACAGGGAAAAACUCCACAGUGAGCAACUUCAAGCAAAGUUAGAGAGGAGAGAAAGGGAAUUUGAGGAAAGUUUGAAAAGUUGUGAAUUCUUCUUGGAACAACAACAUUUACCUGAGAAAACAAAGUUGCAAAGAGACAUUGAUAGACUGAGAGAGGAAUGCGAAAAGGAGAAGGAAGAAAACAGCUUAAAUAAGAAGGCACUUGAACACCUAAGGACCCAUUUUGCCAACCUGCAGAUACUUGGAGAUAGAACAGAGGGAAGGAAAGAAACAGAUAAUGUGCUUAGUGUUGUAGAUAUUGACUAUCUGCCAACAUAGCUGGGGGGGCUGAGCUUUUCUCUAUGAAGCUACAUGACACUAAUGACAGCUAACUUUUCGCAAUGUUGCCUUGAGUAAAACAUUUUUUUUUUGUCAUUUUGAAAAAAUCUUACAGCAAGGAAUGAAAUUUUCUUUGUUUGGAGAAGCAUCGGUCAGAUUCCAACUUACCUUUCUAAUGUGGCUUCGAUAUUUUUGUUAAACAGCCCACAUAGAGGAGAUGUCUUAAAAAAAGAGUGUGUGCUGGUACAUCUGCUGGAAAACACUUUCCUGCCCUCAGGGUUCCGCUCUCAAUAUUGUAAUAUAAAUAUUGUACAUGUAGGGAGUCAAAGCUCUGAACCUGUGAGGCCAGACAAAUUAGAACAAAAGUGAGUCACCAGGGGCCACAAGGUAGAACUAGAAUCUGACCAAAACAACUAUUUGUGACUGGAAAAAGGCAGCUUCCAUCCCAUGAUCUGAAUGGUUUGACCUCAAUCCAGGAAAUUGAGACCGGAUCAGUAAGUUGACAUCCAUUUUGAUCAAACAUUACUUCUUAAAAGGACUGUGGACCCAAUGCACUUUGCAUUGUACUAGAAGUUGUAGGGGUUGGGUUCCCUUUUCUUUUGUUUUCCUGCCCUUUGAAGUCACAUGACCUUCUCUUUCGUUCUUCUUGUUAUGUUGAAGUUUUAGGUGUUCACCUAAAGUAAUGACAAAACAGUGACCAAAAAUCUAACUUGAAUGACUGCAUUGUUGGGGAUGACUGUAUUCAUUUAUUGGCACAAUUCAAAUCUUGUAACUUUCUAUCGCAGUGAAAAUAAAAGUCUGUGUACACAGUGAAUAAUUCAUUGCCACAAUAGUAUUUAACUUUUCAUUAACUCCAAAAUCUCAUUUUUGAACAUGCAGUUACAUUCUACACACUGUCAGUGGACCCCAGAGUUUUUCAAUACCAGGGUUCUUUGUUUCUGUAAAAUGUAUCAUAUGCCUCCAUAAUAAACAGCUAUUAGGUACUAGGAUUGGACCACUUAACUAUGACUUAGGGCCAAUUAAGUUGAAACUGGCCAAAACCAGCUUACCAUUUAAAAAGAUAAACAAGAUAAACACUCCCAUCAUUUUUGCAGGGGUGUUCCCUUGGGGGACAAGUAAUCCUGCAAAAGGUAAACAAACAGACCAGCAGUGCUACCCCCUACCUCUAUUGUUGCUAUUAGAAAUUUUACCGUCCCCAGCAUAAGACAAAGUGUGAUCUGGGUGCAAGAUUUAAAGGAGAAACAUAUUGGUAAAACCGGAGAGACUAUGGUAAAACAGAGGCUGCAGGGCUGGUGAUCUGUGGACUGUGGUCAUGAGUAAAAGAAACUUUCUCUAGUCCCACUACUUAGCAAAAGUAUUUCUAUUAUUAUUAUUAUUAUUAUUAUUAUUAUUAUUAUUAUUAUUAUCAUUACUAUUAUUUACUACUAUUUGUUUCUUUAACGAUUAGCUUUAGAGAUGUCCUCCCUCCUUGAAUAAUUCCAAAAAUAUUCCCUUGAUCAAGGAAGAAUUAAUGCUGCUCAACAAUUUUCGCCCUCUUUUCUCUCAACCACAUUUUCUGCCUGCCACUUAAAAAACACUUAAAAAAUCAGUUGAAUCAGCAACCUUAUAGCUACAUUUGGCUGCAUAUAAAUUUACCUCCGGGAGGUGGCAACAAUGGACAGCUGUUUCUCCUAUAUUUGGGCUCACCGGCAUGGCAUAGCAGGGGUAGAUCCAGGAUUUUUCUUAAAAGGGGAUACAUCACUAAUAAGGAACUACCAUGCAUAUGCAUUUAACUACCAUUUUUACAUAAAUUUCUCAACCCCAUGUCAUGUUUUUCUUCAACACAAAUAACCCUCAAAGUCUUUUUUUUUUUUUGCAGAAUACCAGUUGUAUCAGAACGCCGCAGGUCGUCACAAGGGUAUGCACACCCCCUGCACCCUCCCCCUAGAUUCACCCCUGUAGCUGUGAAUCUAAGCCACAUUUUCCCUUAGUUAACCGCAAAAGCACUCCUUUAAAUUCCAGCUCGCUCCAUGUUUAGCAUUGUGGUAGCUGUUGCCACUUCAACAGAGUUGUGUGGCUAACCCAGCUAACUCCCACCCCCACCCCCUGAGCAAUACAAACACCCAUUUACUAACAAAGAAAGCUUUGUUUUGGUACCCUGGCCUCAAUAUAUUCCUAAUAAAUGUACUGGAAAUAAACUUGUUGACGUGGCAAACCAUCAGUAUCGAUAAGAAAAAAAUAUCCUCUGGAACCCAGGGUAUUGUUUCGGUUGCUUAUUUGCUAUUUCAAUUAUUGAGCAAAUCAAUAUUGUUUUAACCCAAAAAUAAACCACUAUCUUGGAAAGGGCGCAUUGAAAGCAGUGAACUCUAUACGUGUACAGAUAGUAUAUGGGUAUGACUUGCAUUCCUUUUGUUGAUACAGUACUUUAACUUUUAAAGACAAAUCAUUUUAUAUUUGCCCACAUGUCGACUAAACUGCGGGGAAAACAAGAUUUCGCGCAAUUUUUCGGGCUCUUGUUUUUUGAACAAUAGUUAGCCAUAUAUGGUUGCCGAGAGAAGCCUAGCAACACUCGAUAACAAAGACAUGCCAUUUACAGCAUUAUGCAAAGCUUUGCAGAUGAGCAAUCAGCGUAUUUUGAAGCACUAAGAGUACGUGUUUGUAUUCGAUUAAAGGCUGCAGAAGUCGCUUUUAAGGCUUCGUAAGUGUUUGUUAUGAGGAAUGAAAAGGCGAACGAAAAUCUCCACUUCGAAUCGAGCGCUUCGAUUGAACACUAGUCAAUAUCGCCGGGAGUACAAGAGCGGUGCUGUCUACCAUGGCGAACUCGAAGGGACGAAGAAAAGUGGGAAAGGGAUUUUUAAGUGGCCAAAUGGAGCUUGCUACGAUGGAGAAUAUGUUGAUAACACAAGGCAUGGUUAUGGGAAGCAAUUUUGGCCAGAUGGAUCGAUUUAUGAGGGAGCAUUAGUGCGAGAUCUUCGGCAUGGCCAUGGUACCCUAACAUGGCCAGAUGGCGAGGUAAGGUCUGAAUUAGGUUAUUAAACAUAGUGAAGGAAGAGGUUCUUCUCUUCUGAGAUUGCUUUCCAUGGAAUCAUUUAAGCCUUUUUAUUUAUAUCAUUAGCCAUUUGAAAGUACGUUCAAGAGGAUAAACUUCUUGGUCUUGUCAGAACGUUCAAUUAAGCUUAAAAUAAGCUUAUGUUUUCGAGUAUGUUCAAAAUAAAUUAAGAUUCGAACGAAUAAUUUUCUGUUCUAAACACCAUUAUUUUUCACAGUUUCUUGACAGAAAUUUUACACUUCGUCUGUGCAAGACACAAUGUUGUGAGUUUAUCGUCUAAAGCUUCUCAUAAUUUAUUAACAAAAUAAAUAAAUUUCUGAUGCCAUGUUUGUGGACCGCAAAUUAAAGCUUAUUCACGGCCAGUUACAAAUUCCUUCGGGUUAUUUNGUAGAUUUUACACCCAACAGCUUUAUAAUCCAUUCAUAUGUAAAUGUUACAGGUCUAAAUUAAUUCGGGUUAAAUUUUUUUAACCUUAGCAGUGGAGUUGAUUCUCUGUUUCCUUUGUAUGCUAGCCCUAACUGUUAAAGGGCUAGGAAACAAAUGAAUUGGGAAUCAACCUAGGUUAAAUAAGUUUAACCUGAAUAUAAUUUUGACCUGUUCCAAAAAAGAUAGAAGUGAUCGCGACAGGAUACAUUUGUGGGCAAUUCACUCUUUUCAUGUUGACCACAAUGCGCCUUGUUUACCCCCAAAAAUUUGCUUGAUAACUGUUGUCUUUGAUUUCUCUUAGGAUGACUGUAAUACCUAGGAGAAAUUUCAAAGAAUGGUUACAGCUAUAUGUAAAUUUUUGUGAGGGAGGGGAAGUGGGUGAACAGCUCUCGGUGAAUAAAAGGCCCGGGGAUAGGGGUGGGGGGUACUACCAUAUAUGGGCUAUAUGGGUAUGUGCUGCUGUGAAGGGUAUGGUUUUCAAGCAGUUUACUCUGAGAGUUUGGGUCUAGAAUAGGGUAUCAUUUUCCAGGAAACUGAUCCAUUGGUUGAGGAUUUUAAUCUAGACUAGGGAAACCGGGAAUUGCCACUCAAAAAUAUAAAAAAAUCAAAUCGGCAAGUUUAAAUUUACACAACUCAGCUUGAAAGCUACUCUAGGAUAGGGGGGAUAUGAGGAGUUUAGUCUCAGCUGAAUUAGCUCUUGUAUAGGCUUAGGGUUCCAGGGGUCCCAGCGGAACAUCCCCACCCCAAAAUUAACCAUCACUAACCAUUAAAUAAACAAAAUAUUAGUAAAUAUUAAGCUCUCUCUUAGUGAAAUUCUCCACUGUAUGACUUAUAAUAUGUUUAAUAAUAAUCUUGCUUGUAAUAUUAGAGUUACAGCGGAGAAUUUUACCGUGACAGAAAGCACGGCAAAGGAGUGUACACCUGGCCAGAUGGUACAGAAUUUGAUGGAUACUUUGAAAAUGACAAAAAAGAAGGAUUUGGAACAUUCACAUUCCCAAGUGGCAACAAAUUUGAGGUUUGUACAAUCAAUUAGUCAAUUACAUGUAAAGGCAAAAUUAACACUGGUCCAUGAAUUUUUUUCUCCUAGACUCAUGGUGAGACUAUUAUCUUCCAGUAUCGAUCAAUAUGACAAGUACAUUUUAGAUUAUAAUAUUAUAAACCCUGGUUCAGUCAGUUUGUUUUCUUUGUACACUUUUGCAAGUCUUUUUGAUUGAUCCUUAUAAAGUUUAAUUUUGUAAUUUAAGAGUCAUGAGUACAUGUGUACAAUAUUCAAAGAAAAUGAUCACCUAUCAGGCUAAAUUAAAAUUUACCGCUACCCAGUUAGCUCAUUUGGGUGAGUGCUUGUCUGCUGAGUGGUAGGAUGUGGUUUCAAACCCCAUUCAGGCCAACAGCCACGGUCUUAUAAAAACGGCUAAUAUUAUGCUGGCUGUUAUUCAAGAUCUUGUCUCAGUUCAGGUGAUCAUGUCAUGUGCGGUGCAGUUAAGCUGUUGGCCUGUUUCCUUUAUCUUGUGUUAGCAAGGGGAUGGGGAACUCUUACUGCUUUUUGAAAAGGGACUCAAGGUAAUGUAGACCCUCCUGGCCUGGUGGUGUGAUCUAUCUCUCAAGGGGGGUUGGGGGAGGGGGUGGGGGUGGGGGUACUGCCAUAUAUGGGCUAUAUGGGAAUGUGCCACUGUGAAGGAUAUGGUUUUCAAGCAGUUUACUCUGAGAGUUUGGGUCUAGAAUAGGGUAUAAUUCUCCAGGAAACUGAUCCAUUGGUUGAGGAUUUUAGGGUAGACUAGGGAAACUGGGAAUUGCCACUCAAAGAUAUAAAAAAAUCAAAUCGGCAAGUUUAAAUUUACACAACUCAGCUUGAAAGCUACUCUAGGAUAGGGGGGGAUUUGAGGAGUUUAGUCUAGUAUAGGGUAGCAGAAUUCAGCUGAUUUAGCUCUUGUAUAGGCUAAGGGUUCCAGGGGUCCCAGCAGAACAACCCCACCCCAAAAUUAACCAUUAAAUAAAUAAAAUAUUAGUAAAUAUUAAGCUCUCUCUUAGUGAAAUUCUCCACUGUAUGACUUAUAAUAUGUUUAAUAAUAAUCUUGUUUGUAAUAUUAGAGUUACAGCGGAGAAUUUUACCGUGACAGAAAGCACGGUAAAGGAGUGUACACUUGGCCAGAUGGUACAGAAUUUGAUGGAUACUUUGAAAAUGACAAAAAAGAAGGAUUUGGAACAUUCACAUUCCCAAGUGGCAACAAAUUUGAGGUUUGUACAAUCAAUCAAUCAAUUACAUGAAAUGGCAAAAUUAACACUUGUCCAUGAAUUUUUUUCUCCUAGACUCAUGGUGAGAAUAUUAUCUUCCAUUAUUGAUCAAUAUGACAAGUACAUUUGUGAUUAUAAUAUUAUAAACCCAGGUUCAGUCGGUUUGUUUUCAUUGUACACUUUUGCAAGUCUUUUUGAUUGAUCCUUAUAAAGUUUAAUUAUGUAAUUUAAGAGUCAUGAGUACAUGUGUACAAUAUUAAAAGAAAAUGAUCACCUAUCAGGCUAAAUUAAAAUUUACCACUACCCAGUUAGCUCAUUUGGGUGAGUGCUUGUCUGCUGAGUGGUAGGAUGUGGUUUCAAACCCCGUCCAGGCCAACAGCCGGGGUCUUAUAAAAACUGCUGACAUUAUGCUGGCUGUUAUUCAAGAUAUUGUCUCGGUUCAGGUGAUCACGUCAUGUGCAGUGCAUCAUGUGCAGUGCAGUUAAGCUGUUGGCCUGUUUCCUUUAUCUUGUGUUAGCAAGGGGAUGGGGAACUCUUACUGCUUUUUGAAAAGGGACUCAAGGUAACGUAGACGCUCCUGGCCUGGUGGUGUGAUCUAUCUCUCAAGGGGGGUUGGGGGGGGGGGGGUGUCUAUUACAGGCCUGCAGUUAUUGCUGUCAUGCACUGUUGUGGUGACCCUGCCAAGAUAUUACUCUAUUUCCUUGACUAAUAGCUGGGGCGAUUAUUCUUUUUUUCGCACCAAAAGGGGGCGAUUAUUCAAGGGAGGCAAUUAUUAUUUUAAAUACUGCUCACUGAAAGUCAUGCCCUAAAUAUUUUGUCUUACCAUCCCAUUAAAUAAAAAAAAUAAUUAGUAUACUGUACAUGGACUUUAUAAAUUACGUGUUUCAAAUUUGGUCCCUUGGUUAAUUUUCGAUGUCAAUAUCCUCGACGUCAGAGCACAAAUCAUCACUGAUCAGUUUUGCUGCAUCAGUCUCCGCUUCAGCUUUGUUUGUUAUCCAAGGUGCGAAUUUUUAACCCAACAGGGAGGGGAUAAAAGAAAGAGAAAAUGGCGAGAGGGGUGAAGGGCAUCCUUCAAGGAAGGCAAUUAUUUUAAAUAUUUCCGUCAAAGGGUGGUGAUCAUAUGAGGGAGGCAAUUAAUCGAGGGACGGCUAUUAUGCAAGGAAAUACGGUAUUUUUGUCAAACCUCAGUAAAUAAAAAAAAAUGUCCAGAUUGAAUUUGAGACUGCAUGUGUAAUAAUAAUCUCAAUAUAAUGACUUGAAAUGACUUAAGGCUUUCCUUGUUUACUGUCUGUUUCAUACAAUCAGAGUAUUUUGCAUUUAUGGCUUUCAGAGUUUAUUAUUGUCUUACUUCCUUACAUUUACUUACUUACAACUUGACAGUGUAAUGUUAUUGUUUCUACUGAAGUUGCAACCAUAGUAAGCUGUCUUAAGUACAAUGUAUUACGACAUGAAAAGAAAUGGAAGACACCAUGGGGAAUUAUAUACAUCUUGCUGUUCAAGAGGCAAAAUCAUAAAUUUUUAAAUAUUAUUAAUAUGUUUGAAUUGGCUACUAUGUUUUGUCACUUUACAGGGAAUUUAUAGAGGUGAUGAACGAGAUGGGCCAGGAAUCAUGACUUAUGUUGACAGUGAACAAGAUGUUGGUUUAUGGUGUGGAGAACGCCUCAUAAAACUUUGUUCAGUGAUGGACAGUGCUUUUCUUUUUCAACAUUACUCAAAUUACAAUGUAAAUGCAGGGAACAACCUUUCGGGCAGAGUAAGGCGAGCCAACACUGCAAAACAGAACAUCAGAAACACAUCACCUUCUUUGCAAGACUUUGAAGGAGUUGAAGACAGUAAACUGCAAUCUCAGAUCCCAAAUUCAUUUCCAUUUUCAGAUAUUUUAGAAGGUGUGCGAGGUGAUAAAGGUCCUAAAGGACCUAUUGAACAAUCUUCAGAGGAGCUUUUAAAGGCCGCUGCUGCAGGAGACUGCUUUAAAGUUCGAAAUUUGAUUGAGAGUGGGAAAGUUCACGUGGAUGUUGCUGACAAAACAGGAUACACUGCACUAUUGGCUGCCUCGGUAAGUGGUAGAGGGUGUACCUUUGGUAACUCCUAAAUCUUACUCUCGGUUGUUAAUUAUUCCCAUAUGUAUGACAUGAGUUUGAAGCAAACAAGUUCGAAUCAUGCAAGCAUAUGAUGCAGGGAUUCUUUAUAGAUAGCAAGUUGCUGGGGGGAUUUCUUCCCCAUCCUCCCCCCUACAUCUGCCCCUGAAAUUAAAAUCAAUCUAUUUUUUUUUCUUCCCCAAGGUUAAUUGUCACCGUGAUGUCAUAAACUGCCUGCUGGACAAUGGUGCCAAUGUGAACAAGUUAAAUGAUGAAGGAUUGUCAGUUCUUGCAGCCUGUCAUGUUCUGUUCUACACAAAACACACUUGGAAGGAUAAUAUUGCAGAAAACAUUCCUCAUGAAAACUUGUUCAAUUGUAUACAGGAGGAUGGACAGAAAGGGAUUUAUAUUCAUCGAAAUUACCGUCAAAGUGCAGCUGUGGAAGACGCUAAAAUGGAGACAAACUCCGAGUCAGGAGAAGUGGAUGUAAAUUCUGAUGAUGAAUUUGUAGCGAACUGCACUGAAAAUGAGAACAACCAGGUUGAUCAAAGGAUGUACAAGGUUAUUGAAUUUAAUGACAGAAAAUCUGGAAAUAAGGAUGAAUCCGGUCAUGAACUAGAAAACAAUUUAAGCAAUAAUUUAAAAAGCAAAUUAGACCUCAAGAAAAAUGGUUUUAUGAAAGACUUUGAGAAACAAGGAAUGGAAAUUAUCAUUGACUCCAGUGUUGAAAAUGUACUUGAUUCUGGUAUGCUGACACCGAACAGUAAUGCGUCUGUGACACAUGACAAUGUCGGUGAUAAGACCAGCAAACUCAACAUAAUGAAUCCAUCAUUAUUUAGUAUGGUGAGUGCGGUGAGCAGCACAAGGCAGCUGACAGAGUCUGGUGAUGAUUUGCGCAGUGAAAACAGCAUGGAGCAAAACAAGCAAGUGUUGCUGGCUGUUCAGAGGUAACACGUUGUAAACCACAAUGUUACUCUCAAAUGUAAUAGCCAUCUUGAUGAUACUUACAGCUUUCAGAUAUGAAGUGUCAAAGAUGGGUAUUUUGACAGCACACACUGCUGCUUAUGACAAAAAAUUUCAAGGUUCUGAGAUAUAAAGGAAAUGAUUUCUUAAGAUAAAAGGUUAAUUGCAGAGUUGAAUUGACCAGGUGCAGUACUUCUGUACCCAGGAGGGGGCUGGGGUGUGCUUGACCUGUGUGAGCUAUAGAGGUGUUUGCCACCCAAAGGGUUUGGUUUUGAGCCACUUUAAAUGUUCAGUGUCAAUACUACUACCCGUACAUGUAUGUGAUGAAAAAAUUCUUAAAAUAAAAUGUGUUGAAUUCACUUCUUUGAAUAAUUUGCCAUUAAAAUAGGCUCACAUACAUACAGCAUUGCAAAGAAAGAUUAAAAUGGUUUAGAGUGGUUUUCGUUUGAGUGUCGUAAAACCAAAACCAAAGUAAUUACUCUGGCCAAUCACAUAGGACACAGACAAGACAUUGAACCAAUCAAAACUCGAAGUAAUUACAUGUGGCUGGCGCAAAGCGCGGGAAAAUGCAUGCGAGCGCGUCACAAUUGGCUUUGGUCUUACUUCUGAUUGGAUGAAAAGGUGGCACGAAUCUUUUAAGCCAAUCGCAUCGUGUAGAAAGUGCGAAACCAAUUACUUUUCGACACUCAAAUGAAAACCGCUCUAAAACUUAUACUUAGUUUUACAUAACAAAAGAAAAAUCCGAUCACAGAGGUGACCACUAAAGUGUAUGGCCAGGAAAAAGAAACUAGAACAAGGUUAUGAGUUUGCAAGCUGAGUACAACUUUUAGAAGCCAGUUUGGAAGGCUAGUUCUAACAACAAGAGUAUAAAAUGGCAUAAUUUGGUCUGAAAAAUGGUCAGGAUUUUGAGAACUGGGAAUCACACCCAACCAAGAGUUCCUUGGAGUACCCCGUCCUGUGUAUAGACAAUUCAAAUGCUUUAACCCAGCCCUUUACCGGUAGUGUUAAUCAAGGAUCUAUUCUCAAAACACCACAGGAACUUCAACUGCUUAUUUGUUGAAUUACCCCCUCAUCUCUCAUCCUUUAAACAACUGUCACAGAAAUUACAUGAAUGGGAUUCUUCCACUACACAUGUUGAGAUCGAUGUAUUGAUCCGAUCUUUGCAUCCUACGGAAUGCAUUCUAUGAAUUUUAAAUUUUUGCAUCUUUGGGGAUUAUUUCUAUGUGUCAGGGACGCAGGAUGCAGAGGUAACAAAAUCACUGAAACUGUGCUACAUGUGUGAUGUCAUAUUUUGUUAUUUAUAACAUGGUUUUUGUUUACUGGUAAUUUGAUUUUAGGCGUCCUCAUCUUGAAGCAACAGUUCGACUUCUACUGAAGCGAGGUGCAGAUCCCAAUUCAUCAUCACUUCCAAUGCCUGUACUUUUCUUUGCUGUUAAAGCUGCUGACUCUGCUGCUGUAGAAAUUUUACUUCAGAAAGGUGCUGACACUUCUGCCAAGCUCUCAACAGAGGUAAAAAAAAAUAUUGAUAAGUGCAUACUUGAAAAAAUGGUAGGAGAACUUUCUGUGCUCUGAAAUCUGUGUUACUGUACAAGGUAAUGAAUAAAUAUAAUCAUUAUUACAAUUUUGAAUAAUGUCUGCAUGUCUGGUACUUUCAUCCACAGACUCAGAAGUUUGAACUACGUACUAAAUAAAUAGUACUAUUGAAAGUCCUGCUGAAGAGGUUUCAUUUGAAUGGUAACACCAUAGGAUUUCAUCCACAGACUCAAAAUUUGAACUACAUACUAAACAAACAGUACCAUGUGAAAGAACUGCUGAAGAGGUUUCAUUGGAAUGGUAACACCGUGGGAUUUCAUCCACAGACUCAAAAGUUAGAACUACAUACUAAAUAAAUAGUGCCAUGUGAAAGUACUGCUAAAUAGGUUUCAUUUGAAUGGUAACACCACAGGAUUUCAUCUGCAGACAGUAGAACUACAUAACAUUACCUCUAGCAGCAGCAAAAAUGCUAUUAACAAAACACUUUUGUUAUUUAUUAUUCUAGCAUUUAGGAAUUGCACCUCUCCACAUUGCCGUAGCCCUGCCUGAUGAGACAGGAGUAGAGAUCACUGAGCUUCUUCUUAAAUCAGGAGCUGAUCCUAACAUUAGAGACAGUGCAUUUGGUUCAGGGGAUAAUGGAAGGACAGCAGGCCAUAUUGUAUGCUCAAGAGAGGAUAAUGACAAGGUAUAA